AUGGAAGCAAAAGACUUUUAUUUUCCUGCUAUUCAUCUUGCAGCCAAUCCUAAUAACUUAACGAGUGGCUUUGAAACUAAUCAGAGAGCUUCUAAUUUGUCGGAAAUAAAACAAGAUUUAACUAGAGUUAAGACAAAUCGCAAAAAAUUAAACGGAAGCCAAUCUGUCGAAAGAAUGGAUUUUCUUAAGAAAAAGCCGAUAUUUGAUGAAUUAAAGCAGGCUCUAUUAAAAAAUAGAGAAAGCCGAAUUUCGCUGAAAAAUAAUGAUGAAAGCCGUGAUGAAGAAUAUAUGAAGAAAAGCAAUGAAAGAGCCAAAAAUGAUAUUAUGAUUAAUAUCGAAGCUCUUCAUAAAGAGACUGGAAAAGAGAUAUAUAAUUGAUAUUAAUUCAAGCAUUUUUAUUAGUAUAAUUAAAAAAAUUGUAAUUAAAAUAAAUAGAAUAAUAUACAUAAAAUGGCGUAUGGCGACCGACCCACCCUCUCAGUGGUGGUUACCCAUGUAUAUCCGGGCAUGGUUUUUGGAGCCAGGAAUUAGCCCAACAACGUCUGGGACCUCGAAGCGAGAGGCCUAAGCGCGAGAGCCGCUGUUUUUGCGACCAGACCCAUGGGCAGUUAUUCGUGACUUCUUUUUGCAGCAGCGCUCAGCCCAGUGAGUGCCCGAAAUGAGGCAGGGCGACUUACCUGCCUAAGCUGCUUUAGUGGCUCGCCCCGAAUGGCGAAAGCUGUUGAGUUCUUUCUCGGGAUGACCGGAAAAGAGGGGAGGCGAGUUAGACACCAAAACGGGGGUCUCUCCAGUUGAAAAGGUGCCCUUCAAUGGGCAGAUCUGGCGGACGACGAAGCGGAGUUGGCGUAAACUUAGGCGACGAUCCAAGUUGGAAAUGGAGGUGGUCAGCAAAGCCGGUAUGAGACGGCCCUUGACAAUGCCUCUACCGAGAAACCGGGGUUUCGGCCCGGGGCUUGGUGAAGGCUCUGCCACCACACGGGAAACCGUGGCAUGCGACCUCGGACGUAGUAGGGACCUUAAAUACCCAGCGUAAUCUUAAUCUUAAUCUUAAUCUUAAAAUAAAUAGAAUAACUCUUAAAAUGGUAAAUGCUGUAUUAAAAUCUGUUGAAAUAUUACUAACUCCCCCCCCCAUCCUUGAUCGAACGACUCGCCAUCGUUCGAUCAAGGAUGGGGGUUAAAAAAACAUUUUUUUGGGAAAAAAAAAUUUAUAUAUAAAAUAAAAUAUAUAUAUAAAUAUUUUUUUUAUUUACUUUUAAAUAAGAGGGUUAAGAGUAUUUAAUAAUCAUUUUUACAGCAAAAAUUGAAUUAAUUUCAUAAAAAUACCAAUUUUUAAUAUUUUGAUUUAUUAGUUACCCCUUUAAACUGUAUAAAUUUUAAUUUGUUCCUUAUUAAAUUAAAUUUUUUUUUUAAUUUUAAAGAUCUCUAUUUUAUUAGAUUAUUAAGUUUUUAAGCCUAGUUUGAUGAUUAAAUCACUUCGAAUGGUUGAUUCCGAAGCUUUUUGUCGUCUCAAAGUCUCUGAAAACAACUUCAUUAUGUACAUCUUCCCAAGCUUUUGAUAACUAAUAUAUUUUUAUAUAUAUAAAAAUUGUCAUGAUAUGAAAAUCGUUCGAUCAAGGAUGGGGGUUAAUUUCCCAAAUUUUUAGGAUUUUUUACAGUCAAUCGUUCGAUCAAGGAUGGGGGGGGAGUAAGGAAUGAAGUGAAGUAUCAAAAUGAAGCUAAAAUAAUUAUGGAUUUUUUAAACAGGGCAAUUUUUAUUGAAAAAGAAGACAUCAAUACUUAUAUUUUAGACCAUCUCCACGAUAAAAAUAUUUAUCUUAUUUCCAAUAGUGAUAAAGUAAUUCCAUAUUUUUAUCUUUAUCAGACACUUGCAGAUGGAUUUUCAAAACUGAAAAUUAAAUAUGAAAAAAGCAAAGAAAUAAGCUCAAAUAAAGGUGGAAAAUUAAUGAAAGAAAUAGAAGAUAAAGAGGCUUUAAUUAACCAAUUAAACAAAACCAUAUUUGAUUUAACUAAAGCUAAAGAGGACUCUGAAAAAGAAACUGCAAAUUUGCUGAUUGAGUUUAAAAAAAUUGAAGAAGAGCUGAACUUUUAUGUAAAAAAAUCAACUGAUAUGGAAAUAACUGUCCAAAAAGUCAGAAGAACCAAUAGCAAUGAAAAAGAAAUUUAUAGCUGUUUAUAUCAAAUAUUUUUUUAUAUUAUUAAAAAUAAUCCUAUUUCUUAUAGAAAUUAUAUAUAUUCCAUCAUUGUUUAUCUUGCCUAUAUAGGAAUAUAAAAGAUCUAGAAUGGCAAGUUAAAAGAACUGAACUUGACUAUGACUAUUUCUACACUGAGUACCAAAAAUUAGAAAAAGAGCACAAAGAAUUAAAAGCCAAAUAUGAGAAUGUGAUGGCAUCUUAUACAAAUUUAGUAGUUAAGUUAAAACAAGCUUAUGACGGAAGUGAAGAAUUAGAAAAAAGAAUUUCUGAGUUAACUGCGGAAAACUCUGAACUGUAUUUUAGAAGUAAUAAUGUAGAGGACUUAACACCAAGGCCAGAUUUAAGCAAAAUUAUUUCAUUUUUGCACAUUAAAAGAAUCCCAACUAGGACCAGUCUUAAAGUAAAUGCAAUUGUGGCGAAAUUAUGCAAGUCAAAAACAAAAAAUGAGAGGAAAAAAACAAUUCAGGAAACUAAGUCUAGAUUAGAUUAACCCUGGGUGUUUAUAGUCCGUGUUUCUAAAAGCACCGUUCAGCGAUGGUAGCCUGAAAUACUAUCCUAAGGGGUGGCAGUAUGUAGAUGGCUUUCGCCUUAGCAUGAGUCUUUGUCUUACCUCAAACUUCUUCGUAGAAUAUUUUUCUAAUCAAUUCGCCCAAAUGAGGUUUUGCCGCGACCUCCAUUUCCAACUGGAGACUUCACCCAUAUUGAUCAAUCCUUAAAGCCUUUUCAUCAGGUCCUUCUUAAUUGUAGAGACUCGUCCUUGAGAUCUUUAUCGAGCCAUCUUCCUUUUUCGCUGGAUCAUCUUCAAGAAGAACCCAACAGUUUAAACCUUCGGGACAGGCCUCCAUCAGCUUGAACAAGUAAUCACCCUACUCCUCUCAUUAGGAGUUGUGGGAGAUGUGGGAGUUGUGUGAGCUGCGGGAGUUUUGGGCCCCAGGAGUUGUGGAGCCUGAAAAUGUAAACAAGCCAAAAAAAGCCAAGAAGAUGAGUCAGGCUUGCUUAAUUCUCUAAUAAGUACUGCUUUCAAUGAUCUUGGCAUAGACCAAGCAAACCAAGCAAUCCAGAAUCUGACAGAACGACUUGCUCAGCAAUUCAGAUCAAUCCUAAUUUAGAGUAGGGAUAAAAUAAAGUUUAUCUUCUACUCUUCUCAUCACCUAAAUCAGCCCUGUUGCUGGCAAAAAAGAUGCAAAAAUUGCUCACUCAGUCAUUAAUCAGCUGGAAUAGUUCUAGGCCUAGCCUCGAAGCUUACAAAUCCUUGAGCAGCUUCUUGCACAAAAACAGUCCGCAUAAAUAAGGACACCCACAGGAGGAGUGUCAUCCCUGGCCAUUUUAUGUAUAUAUGAAACAAAGUCUAAAUCAGAAGAAAAAGUGUUAGGAAAUCAAGUUCAAUUUACAACACCUCCGCCAAACAGCUCAGCUUUGAUAUAG